AUGUCUGGAAAAAGGGAGAAAUUUAGCUGUUUGUCACGGCAGAGUGUGGGAAACAGGACAGCAAAAACAUUGUUUUCAUGUAAUAUCACAACAGUGUUUCUGUCUUUAAUUAUUGUAGAGAAAUGUGAUGCCUAUGAUGUGAUGCUGAGGCAAAGUCUUGUGCCUGAUGGGCAACCUCUUGCUAUUAAAUGUUCACUGGAAAAGAGCUUGCAAAGUGGAGACUACAACUUAACAUGGUAUAAAGUUGGUAACCAGACAGCUGUGCCUAGAGACAGACUUUCUAGAAUUCAUCAGCAGAAGAAUUUAAUUUGGUUUCUCCCUGCAGUGUUAGAAGAUUCUGGAGAUUAUGAAUGUGUCGUAAGGAAUUUGACAAGCUUCAGGACAAAGGUAACAGUUUUUGAGAGGCUUGAUGGUUUAUGCUUAAAUGAAAAAUUUGCUGUAGAGGAGGUGAUAUUCACAUUAUCAUCUGCAAAGGUUGUGUGUCCACACUUGGAUUAUUUCAGGAAUGAGAAGAAUAUCCAGCCUGUUCGUUGGUAUAAGGACUGCCAGCUGCUGAAAGGGAGAAGGUUUGACUUCUUAAACAGUGACCUUAUCAUUUUCAAUGUGAGUGUUCACGAUCAAGGAAACUACACAUGUGAAACGACGUAUACCUACAACGGAAAACAGUAUAACAUCUCACGAGACAUCAGUCUGACUGUAGAAGUGAGCCCACCAAAAAAGCCCCCAGAAAUAUCUUAUCCAAGAAACAACUCAAUUGAAGUGGAACUGGGCUCACAGGUUACAGUGGAUUGCAAUACAACAGGUGCUGAUGGGUAUGAGGUGUUUUGGACAGGCAACGGUGUGUAUAUUGAUGUAUUUCAUAUGAGCAGAAUUUUUGCAAGUCCCUAUGAGGAGAAAACUUCUUACGAUGGACGCCCCGUGCAUUCAGUGAAGCUAGUAAUUUUGGAAGUGAAUAGUGAAGAUUAUGAACAACCGUUUGUCUGUCAAGCUUCAAAUGCCUUUGGGCAGGUUGCAUCCUAUAUUAUAUUAAAACACAGAGUUCCUGAUAUACGAAGAUGGCUGACUGGAGGGCUCAUCUCUUUGUUAAUUUUAACAUUUAUUACUUUAAUAAUCUACAAGAUUUUCAAAGUUGACUUGGUGCUUUGGUACCGUAAUUCUUUCUGUGCCUUUGCAAGUAAGGAAGAUGGGAAAAUCUACGAUGCAUAUGUCCUGUAUGCAAAAAGCAGUGGAGACAGAAGUUUCUCUCAUCUGGAAACCUUUGUUCGUAGAAUACUCCCUGAUGUUUUAGAGCAACAAUGUGGCUAUAAUCUCUUUAUAUUGGGAAGGGAUGAUUUACCCGGAGAAGCUGUGGUCAGUGUUGCUGAUGAAACCCUGAAGCAAAGCAGAAGACUGAUGAUUGUUUUGGGAUCAGAAACAUCUAGUUGCUGCCUAUUAGAAGACACCUCUGAACAGCAACUAGCUGUGCAUAAUGCUCUCAUCCGUGAUGGGAUUCAAGUGAUUCUUAUAGAAAUGGAUGAAAUACAGGACUACACAAGCAUGCCAGAAUCAAUCCAAUACAUUAAGCAAAAACAUGGAGCUAUCCAAUGGAAAGGGGACUUUUCAGAGAAAUCUUGUUCAGCAAAUACAAGGUUCUGGAAAAAUGUGCGCUACCAAAUGCCAUCCAGGAAAAAGGUAUCUUACUCUGAAGUGUAUUUGUUGCCCCUAAGUUCGAACAGUUCUUCAGCAAAGGGAAGUUAA